CCGCCGGGCCCGGCCGCGCGGCGCGGGGGGGGGACGCGCCGCCACCGGCGCAGGAUGAGCGGCGCUGCCCGCGCGGGACCCGGGGAUCUUCUUCUCUGGCUUUGAACAGCCAUGCUACUCUGUUGCCAAAAAUCAAGUAAAGUGAAUGUGUGCUUGAAUUUGAAGAAGGCGAUAGCUCUGUAUAAUGCCUGAAGUUUCUAAAUGAUUUUAGCAGUGGAAGUUACAAACUUCAGAGACCUAAAGAAAUCAUCAUGAAGCUAUAUGUAUUUUUGGUCAACACUGGAACUACCCUUACAUUUGAUACUGAACUUGCUGUACAAAAUGUGGCUGAUCUGAAAUAUGCAAUUCAAACAAAGUAUAAGAUUGCCAUUCAGCACCAAGUACUGGUUGUCAGUGGAGGAGAGUGUAUGGCACCAGACAGAAGAGUGUGUAGUUACAGUGCUGGAACAGACACCAACCCAAUUUUUUUAUUCAACAAAGAAAUGAUCUUGUGUGAACGUCCACCAGCUAUCCCCAAAACCACAUUUUCAGCAGAGAAUGAGAUGGAAUUGAAAGUAGAAGAAUCUCUUAUGAUGCCUGCAGUGUUUCAUACAGUAGCAUCACGAACACAGCUUGCUGUGGAAAUGUAUGAGGUUGCCAAGAAGCUUUGCUCCUUUUGUGAAGGUCUUGUACAUGAUGAACAUCUUCAGCAUCAAGGCUGGGCUGCUAUAAUGGCCAACUUGGAAGAUUGUACAAACUCUUACCAAAAGCUGCUUUACAAGUUUGAAAAUGUGUAUUCAAGCUAUUUGCAGUCCAUAGAUGAUAUCAAAUUGAAACUUACACACUUGGGUUCUGCUGUUUCUAUCAUGGCCAAGAUACCACUGCUGGAGUGCCUAACAAGACAUAGUUACAGAGAGUGUUUAGGAAGACUGGAGUCUUCACCUGAACAUGGAGGAGCAGAAAGUGAAGAAACUGAGGAUGGGAAAUCUCCUGAAUUGGUGCUUUAUCCCAAUAUAUCUAAAGUGAACAGUAAAUCAAUGUUAGCCUCAUUUUGCAAGUCAGUUGAACAUUCAGCUUUGGAAGGCACAGAUCCUGAAAAUGUACAAGAUGAUAAAGAAUCUGGUCAAAAUGCUACUGUCCAGGACAAUGAAAUGUCAGUAGAAUUGAAAGAUGAUGAUCAGCCUUCCUUCAAUGUGUCUUUGUUAGACUGGAUAAAUGUUCAAGAUAGACCUAAUGAUGUUGAAUCUCUGGUCAGAAAAUGUUUUGAUUCCAUGAGCAGGCUUGAUCCAAGGAUCAUCCAGCCCUUUCUGGCAGAAUGUCGCCAAACUAUUGCCAAACUAGAUAAUCAGAACAUGAAGGCUAUUAAAGGUCUUGAGGAUAGACUCUAUGCAUUGGACCAGAUGAUAGCAAGCUGCAGCAGACUGGUGAAUGAACAAAAAGAACUUGCUCAGGGAUUUUUGGCUAAUCAGAAGAGAGCUGAGAACUUGAAAGAUCCUUCUGUGCUGCCUGAUUUGUGUUUGAGUCAUGCAAAUCAGCUGAUGAUUAUGUUAACUAAUCACAGAAAACUGUUAGAUAUUAAACAGAAAUGUACCACUGCCAAACAGGAGCUUGCAAAUAAUCUGCAAGUCAGACUGAAGUGGUGUUGUUUUGUAAUGCUUCAUGCUGACCAAGAUGGAGAGAAACUACAAGCACUGCUUCGUCUCGUAACAGAGCUCCUAGAAAGGGUCAAAGUUGUGGAGGCUCUCAGCACUGUUCCUCAGAUGUACUGUUUAGCUGUUGUUGAAGUUGUGAGGAGAAAAAUGUUCAUAAAACACUACAGGGAGUGGGCAGGUGCUUUAAUAAAAGAUGGGAAACAUCUAUAUGAAGCUGAAAAGGCAAAAAGGGAAUCUUUUGGUAAACUCUUUAGGAAGUCUUUUCUAAGGAAUCGUUUGUUUAGAGGACUUGACUCCUGGCCUCCAUCCUUUUGUACACGAAAACCUCGCAGAUUUGACAGUGAGCUUCCAGAUAUCUCAUUGAGUGACUUGCAGUUUUUGCAGUCUUUCUGUCCUUCAGAAGUACAGCCAUUACUCAGGGUUCCCAUACUUUGUGACUUUGAACCUCUUCACCAGCAUGUACGUGCUCUACAUAACCUGGUCAAGGCAGCACAGAGUUUGGAUGAAAUGUCACAAACUAUUACAGACCUGCUGAAUGAGCAAAAGGCCUCCAAUAGUCAAGCAUCGCCACAAUCUGCUACCACGCCAAGGACGGAAAGUACCACAGGAACCGCAAUUGCUACCUCUUCAAGAACUCCUCCAUCACUCAGUCUUCAGGGUCCCCUGUGUCCUCCUGUGUGUCCCCCAGCUCCAUUAGAAGAAUUGUCUCCGGACAGCAUUGAUGCUCACACAUUCGAUUUUGAAACUAUUGCCCAUCCGCACUUGGAGCAAGCUCUUAAACAAGGAUCAUUAGACUUGGAUUCAUUGGCAGAGAGUCCGGAAUCUGACUUUAUGUCAGCAGUAAAUGAAUUUGUAAUAGAAGAAAAUCCAGUGUCUCCUAAUGUCAUAAGUGACCCACAAAGCCCAGAAAUGAUGGUGGAAUCUCUUUAUUCUUCAGUUAUCAAUGCAAUAGACAGUAGGCGUAUGCAAGAUACAAGUUCUUGUGUAAAGGAUGUUUCAGUAGAAAAUGCUUCUCUCAGUGUUUGUGUGGAGAAGUGUAGGGUUAUUGCUCAAGACUCAAAGGUACAUUUAAGAGGUAUAAAAGAAGAUCUUUGCCAUUUCAAAACACUUGUACAAAGAGAACAGUGUGACUUUUCUAAUUCUUUAAAAUGUACUUCCUUAGAAAUAGUAAAUACGAUUGAAAAGGUAAAGCUUUCACUUGAAAAAACACUAAAUGAUAAACAUCAACAUGAAUUGCAGUCUUUGAAAAGUGAGUAUGAAACUAAAAUUAAUAAAUUACUGGAGGAUGGUGAAGAAAGUAGAAAGAAAAUCAAAAAGUUAAAAGGUGACCUGUUAGGUCUUGAGGAAGUUCUUCAGAAUAAGAAUGAUGAAUUUGCAAUGGUAAAGAAUGAGAAAGAAGCUGUGGUUUGCCUUCAGAAUGAAAAAGACCAGAAAUUACUUGAAUUAGAAUGCCAAAUGGAGACACAAAAUUCUGAAAUCAAGGAACUGAGGCAGUCACGUGAAAUUGUACUUGAAGACUUGAAAAAACUUCAUGUUGAAAACAACGAGAAACUACAACUCCUGAGGGCAGAACUUGAGAGUUUAGAGCAAAGUCAUUUAAAAGAACUGGAAAGCAACCUACAAGCCAGGCAUUUACAGGAAUUUGAGAAGGUCCUAGCUGAGCACAAGGACUGUUUGGAUAAAUUAAAAAAAGAGAAUGAGCAUAGACUUGAACAAAUGCAAGAAUCUCAUGAGGUAGUUAUGAGAGAAAAACAACAACAAGUAGAAGAGUUACAACUGAAGGUUUCAGAUCUGUCUGAUUUGAGGUGCAAACUAGAAGUUGAGCUUGCCCUGAAAGAAGCAGAAACUGAUGAAAUGAAGCUUCUUUUGGAAGAAAGCAGAAACCAACAACAAGAGACCUUAAGAUCUCAGGUUGACAAGGAAACUGAAAACUUAAGAAAGGAGAUAGAUAAAUUAAACAAUAAAAUACAAAUCAGCAGUGAUGAACAUCAAGUGGGCUUAUCAGAACUAAGGACUCUGAUGACAAUUGAGAAAGAUCAGUGUAUUUCUGAGCUAGUAAAUAGGUAUGAAGAAGAAUCAAAUUUGCUUAGAACUGAAUUAAAUAAAGUAACACUUCUUCAUCAAAAAACUGCUGAGGCAGAAAAAAGACUUUCAGAGCAAAUAACAGAACUGCAAAGUAAGUUAGAGUUGGAAAUGACUGCCCUAGAGAAGGAAAAAACAGAAAAACUGUCUCUCUGUGAGCAGCAGGAAAAAUAUGAAGCUAUUAUCCAUAAGCUAAAGGAAGAGAAAGAACUGUUAAUAUCUAACCAAGAACAAGACAGGCAGUUGCUCAUUCAGAAGCUCAAUUGUGAAAAAGAGGAUGCAGUACAAACUGCUUGUAAAGAGUUGGAAUUACAGAGGGAAGCUGCUGAAAAAGGGCUUUUGGAAAAAAUACUGCAACUUGAGAUGCAAGUGAAUCAGAGUCCUCCUGCUGAAUCAUCUGCUGAAUCAAACUUAGUCGCUGAACUUCAGGAGAAGCUUCAGGAAGAAAAAAUGAAGUUCUUAGAGCAACUUGAAGAACAGGAGAAAAGAAAGAACGAAGAAAUGCAGAAUAUCAGAACAUCGCUCACUGCAGAGCAGCAGACCAACUUUAACACUGUUCUAGCAAGAGAGAAAAUGAAAAAAGAAAACAUAAUUAAUGAUCUUAGUGACAAAUUAAAAGUGCUUACACAACAGCAAGAAAAAGAUAAGGAUUUGAUUGAAACACUUUCUGAAGAUAGAGCUCGCUUACUUGAAGAGAAGAAGAAACUUGAAGAAGAAGUUAAUAAACUGAGAAGUAGUAAUUUUUCUCCAUCAACCUACUUGGCAGCAGCGUCAGAAGCUUGUGGAGCCUGUGCAGCUGAUGUGCCCACAGACACAGAGAGAUUGGUUGCUGACUUUGGGGCUGAGGGGAGAAUGGAUUCCACGAUGGAAACCAGUAUGAUGGCUGUGCAUGAAAAUGUUCAUAUGUCUGAAGAAAAGCAGAGGAUAAUGUUGCUGGAAAGAACUUUGCAGUUGAAAGAAGAGGAAAAUAAGAGAUUAAAUCAAAGAUUGAUGUCCCAAAGCAUGUCAUCAGUAUCCUCAAGACAUUCUGAAAAAAUAGCAAUUAGAGAUUUUCAGGUUGGGGAUUUGGUACUCAUUAUCUUGGAUGAAAGGCAUGACAACUACGUCUUGUUUACUGUUAGCCCAACCUUGUAUUUCUUGCACUCAGAGUCCCUUGCUGCACUGGAUCUCAAACCAGGUGAGUGUGCAUCAGGUGCAUCUAGGAGACCGUGGGUGCUAGGAAAAGUGAUGGAAAAGGAGUAUUGCCAGGCAAAAAAGGCACAAAACAGAUUCAAAGUUCCUUUGGGUACAAAAUUCUACAGAGUGAAAGCAGUACCAUGGAACAAGAAAGUAUAACACAACCAAUUUUUAGUUCAUUCUGUCUCCAUUCUUUUUUGACUUGUCCUUCAGUUCUUGUUCAUCGCUCCAAAUACCAGGCCAUCUUUUUAUACUGAGGUCAUGUGACAAGAUACGUCAUUGAUGUACUGCUUUUACUUUUUAACAGGUGACAUUUUAGAAAUUCAUCAAAAACUCUGGCCCUAACUGCUUCAAUUUUUUUACCCAGAUAACUUUAAGAGUGUGGACCAAAUGAGUUCAUUUUCUCUAAGGGCAACCACAUGAAACAUGGUUUGUUUGCCAUGUUAAUUGCCUGUUAAAUAUACAUUAGCUUGUAUUUAGAUGUUAAAUGUUAGUUACCAUUAUUACCAGCAUAUGUCCUUUUGUGAAAUCAUUAUCAAAGUACUUGCACUCUUUAACAGAUUCUUUAUAUGUGUAAAAUUCAUCAACUAUUUAAAGAGGGUGUUCAUUGCAUGCAGAUAAUCAUAUAAUUUUUCUUCAACAUGAGUUUGCCUCAGUAGAUGAAUAAAAAUAACUACUGCAGCUUGUUUCAUUACAUGAAAAUGCUCUUUAAUGUUAAAAAACCCUUGUAAUUUGGUGGACUGAUUUUGAAAAUCAGUCACAGUUAGAUCUGCAAUCUUCAGAAGCACUUUCGAUGGAUUGAUCACACAGAUUCUGAAGGGAAGACACCUGUGCUGUUUAUUCAAGGUGAAGCACUUGUUCUUCCCAACAAAACAGAAGUCUUGUAUUAAUCUAUUUAGAAAAAUCAUAUUGAUGAAAUUGUAUUUCAUGGUUGAGUUUCAGGAAAAAACUCAUUGUAUAUUAACCAUACAAGAGUCAUUUAAGUAACAAAUUAUUGUAAUUGUAAAAGACAUGUAGAAUUUUAAAACAAUAAAGAUUUGAAACUGUAUGUGUUUGAAGUAUUUGUGUGCCUUUUAAAUACUAUCUCUAAUAUUUAUUUUAUGUUAAUCUGUUGCAUCUUCUCUAUGAUUUCUCCAGCGGUUUCAUUACGUAGAAAUACCCAAAUUUUCUAUGAGAGGUAGUAAUUUUCAAAAGUAUUUGGGAAUUACAAGAGUUACCUUGUGAUCAUAAAAAUGAAUUUAAGUAGACAGAAAUUUUAAUUUUGUCAGCAUAUUAAAUGCAUAAAUGACAUUUUUCAUAGUUAUACUGCCUACAUUUUUAAAAUGUAGUCUUAUUUAUUUUGUUUUUAAUAACAGUAUAAAAGGGAUGUACUAUAAAUAUGUAACCAAUGGGAAGUGAAUUUAUGAGUUCAGCUAUGAGCUUAUGCCUAGGAUUCAAUCCAUAGAGUUAUUCAGCUGCGAUUUAUCUUCAGGUGUGGAGUGGAAGAGGAAGAGAUAAAGAAACGAUCACAUGAAAAUCUCAAUUCUUCUGCUCAUAUGUUUCAAAUAAUAUUUAUCUAGACUAACCAGUCCAGUUGAAUACCCAGAAACAUCUGUAUAUGCAUUAUUUAAAAUUUUGUUCCAUAAAAAUUUUAAGUUCAGAUUUUUAUGAAAUGCAUGGGCUUGUAACUGUAUCAUAUCUUUGAUUAAAUAAAUCUAAGACAAUUGCUCUGUGGAAAACAGAAUGUCAUUUCGUCAAGUUGCCUUCUUACCUGGUUGUUAAAUUUACUAGCUGAUGAACUGACUUUUUAAAAUUAGUUUUCUAAUGUGCCUUGUUCUUCAAAUAUAGUAUUACUAUAGUUGAGUACUGCCCAGUGUCAAAUGUGUAAAUAACAUAGAUCUAUAGAACAGGUUUAAUGCAUAAAAAAGGCAAACCAGAGAAACAACCCAUGAUGCAGUGAUUUUUUUAAUCACUGAAUUUUUGACCUUCAGCUAAAUGGGAAUUCAGUUCUGUCUGCAAUUUGGUGCAGUCUUGUUGCUUAAGUCAACUUAGUUACAAGUGGUUUAAGAAGUUGCACACAUAUUGUAACUCAUUUCUUUUAAUAUGCCAAAUGUUCAGAAGCCUUGAUGUCUUUUACCCAUUGACAAAAAUUUCCCAGCCUCAGAUACUACUGCUGUGAAUAUUAUAAGUCUUGCAGGGAUUAGUUAUCUCUUGGAAGCCAUCAGGAUUUGAUAAGAGGCUCUGAAUCUCCUUCCAUUUCUGGGAGGGCAGUUAUUCCUUGAGUAGCAGCAAUGAAACUGUGUGGAAAGGGAUAAUCUAGUGCUAAAACAUAAGACCCCACUCUUGUUAUUGAAUAAUCUACUUCAAAGAUAAAUAAAAUGUUGCCCAGAAAUUUCUCAAUGGAGGAAAGGAUGUGUUGUUAGUCAAGUUCUUCCAAGUUGGAUAAAACUGCUAAUUUGAUGAUGGCCCUACAUGACAGAGUACCUACAAGGGGCACUCCUUCUUUUAGGGCAUACAAAAAUACACAUUUUUCUUACACUGUGAAUCAUUAAUCACUAAGGUUUGUGUGUCUUUCUGCUUUGUGUUGAUGACAUACCAUGAAGUUCAUUUGUUGUAGGCUCUGAGAUGGUGCCCUGAGUGCUGAAGUAAGGUGAGUACAGAACUUGUGCUGAAAAUUAACUUCCUUGCCAAAAAAUAAAAAAGAUCUCAGAAAUUCCUUAUCUUUGUCUAUAAAAACAUCUAAACUUUCUAGUCUUGUUUUACUGUUGCCUAGAUUAAAAAUGCAUACUUUUAAGCUUAUAUACGGACAGUAGCAGCAAUGAUUUAUGAUACUGUGAAAGUUGGCUUGAUUUCUAGGUUAAGAUAAAAAGACAUGACUGAGGUUUAUAUAACUCAGAAACACAUGAGCAGUAUAUGAAAGUGAACUUGGGAAGCACCUAAAUAAAUUGAUUAAAAUAAAUUGCUGUAAUGCAAACUAUGAGGGAAGAAAAACUUCUUCCCUGCUGAUAUCUGCCACUUAAUAAAAUGCCAGGAUGUAUCUGUUAUUGUUACAUGACAUAAUAUUUUAAAAAUAUAAAUAAACAGCAGUGCCUUUGGGUUUUAGGAAUAUUUGUCAUGUGUUUCAUUUUAUAAUCUUUAUGUAUAUUCAAAAUGGAAAUUCUGUCAAACAAACUCCCAACAUAUUCAGUAAUGAUUCUGAACAGUCAUUGAGAAAAAUGUAGUUUACAUAUUUUUGUAUGUCACAGCCUUACUGGUUCUUGAAAGUAUGUUUGUUAUGUACCACCUAUGUGCUUCAUCUUGCGCCAUAAUAAAACGUUGUAUAUAGCUAUAUUAUUUGGAUGAGGAGCAUGGUCAGAAGGGAUGGGGGAGAAGUUGGAGGAUAAAUUUGAUGAUCUCAAAUUUCCCUAAUUCUUUUGUGGAGCAGCAUGUUGGAAACAUAGUAAAUACUAAAAUUAAAAGCCUCUUGUGCUACUGCUAAUACAUGUUUAUUCCAAAGUCUGGCUUUAGAGAAAGGAAAUUUAUUUUUCUGAACUGCAGAAAGGAAAAUGAAUGGUAGAAAAAGUUGAUUGAAAGCAAAUGCUGUCCUGCAGACUUAACACAGAAGGGAUAUGAUAAUUUAAAAGGGAUUUUUUCCAGUGUUCUUGGAAAGCUAUAUCCAUUUGAAUACUCUGAGAAGCAUAUUAGCUUUUGCACUGCUCUGCAGUCAGUCUCCUGUCAGGAGCUAGUGCUGUUUAGAAUUCAGCUGUGAUGCAUCUUAAGAUGGUCUGAGUGGGACCAUUUUUACACUGAAGUAUACAUUUUCCCUAAGUUACCUAUGUUGUAUAGUAGAACUGGGAAGUCUGCCCUCUGCAGAAUUACUCUGUACCUUUUUGCAGUGCUAGUUUUCUUUGUGACCUACAUUGCAGCCUUAUUUUGUGGAGUUUAGCUACAAGGCAGAUUGGCUAUGAGCAGCUAUGGCAAAAAUUGAUUAGUUCUUUGGAGUGCUGUUUCAUUCCUAUAAUUUUUUAAUUAAUAAAUUGUCAUCUAAUUAUUAUUUUAAUUGUAGUAUUGUUUAUUAUUAUAGUUAAUACUGCAAUAAAUUAUUAUGAAUUAAUAUUUUUUAAAAUUAAUAAGUGCAAUUACUGCUUAGUACCAAAUUAAUAAUUCAGAAAUAGAGCAUUCUCCAUAUAAGAACUCCUUUUCCUUCUCAAGCCUUUUAAACUUCAGUGAUCUAUUUCAGUGCUGCAUUUUAAGGGCACUGAUUUCUUUAUCUCACUUUACAAGCCAUUCUGCAGUCCUGAAGCAGCGGUGAUAAAUGGGAAAGGGUAAACAGUUACUUCCUUUAGCAGUCGCUCUAUUAAUACUCACUCAUAUUAACAACAUCCACAUAAAAUAUUGAGGAGCAUGGGAAAGUCUAGUCCCCAGACUCCAAAUACUCCAAAUACUGGGUAAGAAUUGAGUUCAAUGUUGGUGCUCUCAAGCAGCAUCAGAUUUAAGAGAACAGUUGAGGUUGUAAGGAACCUCCUGAGGUUGUCUUGCCCAACUCUGCUGGGGCUGGAAUCCUGUGAUGUUUUUAAUAAGGGUCUUCAGUUUGCAACUGAAUUGGCAAUUUAUGUUUUCAACAUUCAAUUUAGUCCUUUGUUUUGAAGCCUGGAUUGAAACUGCUAUUGUAAUUUGAGUAAUUUUUAAAUUCUCCCUUAUUUCUGGCUCAAUCUUCUGAGAUUAUUCAUGGCUGGCAUCCUUGCUUUCCUUUUCCUGGCUUUUGCUUCUUUGGUCUUAAAUUCACUGUGGGUUUGACUCUUAGGCAAAAUUACUUAGUAAGUAGCAGAUUUUUUUUCUGCACUGAGAAAGAGCUAUUUUCUUACCUCCUAGUCAAAAAUUUGUACUGUUUGCAAAAGGAUGUUAAUGAAGAACAUUUUUUUCACCAUGCUCAGAUCAAUAAGUCCUGUU